GGCAGGGGCAGCACACCGUUAUCUCCCUUGCUGACCCAGUUUGGUAGAGAGCAGAGCAACAGCGACUGGUUGGCGACCCGCGGGAGGAUGCCCAACGGGCAUAUUGGAUCUGCGAUAAGGUACAUCUAA